CAAGAGAAGAAAUCUGCCAUGGACUCCACCUCUAUAAAUACAACUUUUGUGCGCCCUCCCUUCUUUUUCAUCAAUGGUUUCUAUAAUAUUCCUCAUGUCAAAUACUACUAUAUUUUCUUGUGCUUUGUUUUUGUGGUCACUGUGUUAGGGAACUCCUUUGUCAUGUUCAUUAUAUGCACAGAGCGCAGUUUUCACACCCCAAAGUAUGUCGCUAUUUUUAAUUUAGCUGUAGCUGACUUGUGCGAAAGCACUGCUCUCAUUCCUAACUUAAUUGCGACAUUUCUUUUUGACUCCCAGUACAUCUCCUUUGAUGCUUGCUUAGCCAAUAUGUUUUUUGUGUUUUUCUUCAGCAGUGUACAGUCUGUCACGCUCACUGUUCUGGCCUAUGACAGAUUUGUUGCAAUCUGCUUACCGCUGAGAUACCAUGCCAUUGUCACCAUCACAACAAUGGUUGUGAUGAUAACAGUGGUAUGGGCAUUCAAUUUUGUGAUUAUCAUUUCAACAGUAAUUUUAAUUACCAGGCUGUCCUUUUGUAAAUCCAUUGUGGUAAGCAGCUUUUUCUGUGAUCAUGGGCCCAUGUAUAGAAUGGCUUGCAAUGACAAUUUUCCAAAUAAUGUCAUGGCAAAGGUGAAUACAGUGUUAUAUCUUUAUAUACCGUUGAUUCUGAUUGUCCUCUCCUAUGUAUUUAUUACUUGUGCUCUGUUUAAAAUUGCAUCAUGGGAAGGGCGAUUAAAAGCAUUGAAGACCUGCUCUUCCCACCUAAUAAUAGUGGCAAUAUUUUAUCUCCCAAUAAUGGGCAUCUACAUGGCUGCAAAUGUAUCUGUUUCACUUCAUCCUAAUGCCAGGAUAAUAAACACAUCACUUGCCUAUGCCAUUCCACCAAUGAUGAAUCCAAUUAUUUAUGUGCUGAAUACAGAGGAGAUCAAGGAAUGCACAAAAAAGCUUUUCAAAAGGAAAAAGGUUGCUGCAACUGAAACAAACAAUCAAAUAAAGAAAUGA